AUAUAAUUUUAAGAGAGAUAUAUUAAUGCUAACAUUUAAAAAUUAUGGUUCAAAAUGCUGAAUUAUAUCCUUUAAAUAUACCAUCAGAUAUUUCUGAUUCUUUGAGUACAAUAUCAUCUGAUACAGAUAAAGAAUGGCAAGAAUCUUUAAGUCAACUAAAUAUCUUUUUAUUUUGGGUUAUUAUUCCAUUUAUUGGAAAAUGGGCAGGCCGUCAAUUUGCUUAUUUCUUAUGGGAACGAUGCAUAAAAACUAAAACACCAAUAGAGUUAUCUAUCAAAAACCAAAGUUUCCUUGGGUUAUGUAGAUUAAUAACUCCAUUUUAUUAAUGAAAUUCUGAUAUAUAAUAAAUGAUUUAACUUUAAAGAUGUUAUU